AUGGCAUUGGACGAUAUUUUGAGGCAGAAUGCUGAAAUUACGGACCUUUUGCACAUUUUGGUCGAGUUACAUGGGAGAGCCUUGCAGGAUCAGGGUCCAUCAGACCGUUUGGAAGGUAUAAGACGAGAUAUAUUGAUUUGCUUCAAUGAUUUGUGCACCUUGAAUGAUAUGCUGACAUCCUGUGAUGGGGAAAUCAGAGAUGAGAUACAGGUUUUGCAGAAAGCUAAGGAUAAAUUUACGAGGUUGAACAGGAAAAGACAAUUGCUCUUGAAAGAAAGAGAUAAAUGGACAGAGGAGACUCCCGUGAGUGUAAAAGAUCAAAGUGAACAAAACGUAGUGGUUGACACCCGUUAUCGUCGGGUUUUGGAUCAAUAUCUCGAUUUAGUCGGAGCAAAUAACACUACUUUGGUUGAAGAUCAUUCACAAGGCGAUGUGAGUCGUGAAACAGUUCUCCAGUCCGUAAAAGUGCUUCAUUCAUGUCAUGAUAAUGUCUUACAAAGUGUCAAGCAGUUGAAAGAGCUAUUGAAUGAUAUUACAAAGGAUCAGGCUUUUAUCGAAAAGGAAAUGAAGGCACAAGUGGCAAGGAUACGACGGGAAACCAGUGCAAUUGAUGAUGAACUUAGGAAGAAUAGCUCAAAACGAAAGAAUUUACUUGCUAAGGUGGGUCUGGCUCUACCAGACGAAACUUCUACAGCCCAAAAGUUGUUCCAUUUGAAGCUCAACGAUCAAAGGGACAAACAAUUAGAACUCGAACAAGAAGAUAUUGCAAGCCACGCGAACGAGUUUCUAGACAUGAAGAUUGCCUCCUUACAGGAUCAACUAACUCAUAGGAAAGACGACUCUUACCAAUUGAUUCACGUUAGAGAUUCGUGGAGCGACUGUGUAGACUCUGUCAAGAAUUUGGAGGAUCGAUUAAGGUCAGCGUUGACGGGAGAUUUGACAGAGCUUCCUACGGAUAGAGUGGGAUCCUGGAUCAAAGAAAAUAUCGAGGAACUUUCAUCCAUCAUAUCGUCCACAAACAACCGUAUUCUUAUAACGCUUGUAAGUCAUGAAAGAGAAGUAAUUGAAAAUGCGUAUGAUGAAAUAUCACAGUCUUCAAAACCUAUUGAGCCAUCUUCGCCUAUAAGGAACAAACACUCUAGUCCUCCCUUCCUGGUUGCCAACAAAUCUCCACCAAAGAUUGGUCUUUCGGACAAGACAGCCCAGUCACUCAGUAACAAUAAUGGUGCUUCAGGUUCGAACAGUCUUACUAUGUUGAAGGAUAAAUCUCAGAAAAAGGAUUAA